CUCCACUGCCUCUCAUAAUGACCUUUCCCGCGGCCGGUGUGGGGACUUCAGGUGCGGGGCCAGAGGGGAUUACUGCUUCGGGAUAUGGUCCAUCAUGCCGUCCGGCCGCGGCCCUGCACUACGACAAGAGCGCCAGACCGUUGCCGGCCUGCUGCCGAACAGUACCUCUGGUUCCCCCCCGGCGUAGCACGUAAACCACGUUCCGAAAGACGUGACUUUAAAAGCAACGGCGCUCUUGAGCAAAGCACGCGAUUUGAACCGGAUAUCAUCUCAUCAUGUAUUACGAUACCCUUCCUGACGCUGGUUUGGGCAGCCUUACCAACGGUGUCGUCCAGAAGCGAAACGAUUCGGCGAGGAACGAGGGAGGUGCAGCGAACAUAAUCGAUAUUCGUAGGGGUACUUUUGAAGACACCUUGCUGGAGGACAUCUCGAGAGGCUUGCGUCCGGCCAAUGGUGGUGAAAAGACACUGCCGACAUUGUUGUUGUAUGAUGAAGCUGGAUUAAGGUUGUUUGAGCAGAUCACCUAUCUGGACGAGUACUACCCAACCAAUGCGGAGAUCGAGGUUCUCGAGACGUACGCAGAUCGUAUUGCCGAUCGUGUCAAGUCCGGUUCUGUCGUUGUGGAACUAGGUAGCGGCAACCUUCGCAAGGUCAACAUUCUUUUACAAGCUUUGGAGAGGCAGAAGAAGGACAUUGAAUACUAUGCUUUGGAUCUUUCACUUCCAGAGCUCGAACGGACCCUUGCAGAAGUGCCGAGACACACCUACAAUCACGUCAAGUGCUUUGGUCUCCAUGGUACUUAUGACGACGGCCUCGAGUGGCUGAAGAAGCCGGAAAUUUCAUCGAAGCCGAAGACUGUUCUUUGGCUUGGGUCAAGCAUUGGCAAUUUCAAGAGACAUGAGGCAGCUCCAUUUUUGCAAAAUGUCGUCGACUCCCUUCAGACUGGCGACACGAUGCUGGUCGGCAUCGAUUCAUGCAAGGAUCCUGACAGGGUUUAUCGCGCAUACAACGAUAGUCAAGGAGUCACCCACGAGUUUAUUUUCAACGGCCUUUUGAAUGCCAACAAUGUCCUCGGUAGGGAAGCAUUCAAACGUGAAGAGUGGGAAGUCAUUGGAGAGUUUGAUUCCUUGAACGGCCGUCACCAUGCUUUUGUAUCCCCCCUCAAAGAUGUCACAAUUGAUGGUGUUGCCAUCGAGGCCGGCGAAAGAAUACGGAUCGAAGAGAGUUACAAGUACAGCUCCGAUGAGAUCAUUCAACUUUGGGAGGAUUCAAAGGUUGCGGAAGGCUCGUUCUGGUCGACCAGCCGCGGCGACUACGCUCUCCACAUGGUCUCCAAACCCAAGGUCUUUUACCCUUUGAAGCCACGACAAUACGCUGAAGAUCCUGUACCGUCGAUAGAAGAUUGGAGCCAGCUCUGGGAUGCUUGGGAUGCAGCUACGCUGCAGAUGAUUCCGCAGGAGGAGCUAUUGUCAAAGCCCAUCAAAUUGCGCAAUGCCUGCAUCUUUUACCUCGGCCACAUACCUACUUUCUUGGAUAUUCACUUGACUCGGGCAACCAAGGAGCCUGCAACGGAACCAAGCUACUACCCGCAGAUUUUCGAGCGUGGUAUCGAUCCGGACGUGGAGAACCCAAAAAUGUGCCAUUCUCACAGCGAAAUUCCCGAGAACUGGCCGCCUAGCAAGGAGGUUAUUCAAUUCCAGAAGGACGUUCGUUGCAGAGUCGCAAGUCUGUACAAAUCUGGAAGGGCCAACUCUGACCGUCGUGUUUCUCGGGCACUCUGGAUCGGUUACGAGCAUGAGAUCAUGCACCUCGAGACCUUGCUCUAUAUGCUAGUUCAAGGAGACAGAACGCUUCCACCGCCAGCGACUGUGAAGCCUGAUUUUGAAGCUAUGGCAAAGCAAGCCGAGUUGGAAGCCGUUGAAAACAAGUGGUUUGAGAUUCCAGCUUCUACGCUCAUUGAAGGUAUGGAUGACCCUGAGAAUGAAGGCGGACCAAAGAGGUACUUUGGCUGGGACAAUGAGAAGCCAUCACGAAAGAUUUCUGUUGGCCCCUUCUCUGCAAAGGCUCGUGCCAUUACCAACGGCGAGUAUGCGGAGUACCUUAAGGAAACCGGUCGGAGUAAGCUUCCUGCAUCAUGGUUAGAGAGCUCAGAUGUUUUCAACACUGCCGAGCCUUCGGCUCCGACGACGGAGAAGCGUGAUAGUGUUCACGAGUCUAACCAGUUCGACGGCAUCACUGUUCGCACCGUCUAUGGAACCGUGCCCCUCAAGUACACCCUCCACUGGCCUGUUCUGGCCUCUUACGAUGAGCUGGCCGGUUGUGCGCAAUGGAUGGGUGGUCGGAUCCCGACCAUGCAAGAAGCCCGCAGCAUCUACAGUUAUGUGGAGCAGCAGAAGAAGUCCAAUGACUCCCAUGCCCGAGUUCAAAACACAAUUCCGGCCGUCAAUGGGCACCUUGUCAAUGACGGCGUGGAAGAGUCGCCACCAUCCGGCUCUCCUUUGAACGGCGUCUCCAAUGGUGUAUCUGGUCCUGAUCCCGCCAAGCUUUUCGUUGACCUAAACGGGACAAACAUGGGCUUCAAGCACUGGCACCCUGUUCCUGUUACCCAGAAUGGCGACAAGCUCGCUGGGCAGGGAGAUUUGGGCGGUGCGUGGGAGUGGACUAGUACUGUCUUGGAACCGCAUGAGGGCUUCAAGGCCAUGGAGCUCUAUCCGGGCUAUACGUCGGACUUCUUCGACACCAAGCAUAACGUUGUGCUUGGUGGGUCGUGGGCCACCCACCCGAGAAUUGCUGGAAGGAAGACUUUCGUGAAUUGGUACCAGCGCAAUUACCCUUACGUUUGGGCCACUGCUCGUAUCGUCCGGGAUGUCUAGGUGGGUGGCGUGGAAAUUUGUGCGGCGCAAGAUAAUAGGGCUGAAAUUGUGAGACCCUGGUUUCGCUUCUGCGUAUGAAGUUAUGAUAUCUGACGGUCCUUACCUACCAAGGCGCACGUCUAUUUUGUAGCUGUUAAACUGAUAAUUCUGUUUAUUUGUUUACUAUCCGUG